ACAAGAAGUGAUAUAACCGAGACCUUGGUUUCAUCUGUAGCCAUUCAGAGCUGUAGAAGUUUAGUGCUAUUCUUAGUGUUUAUACAACUCUUCUGAAAUUGAAAAUGAAAAUCUGGCAAACUACAUUUUUGUUAAAUGUUAUUUUCAUGGUAAACCAAGUUUAUUCUUUCCCACAUCUGAGUUCCCUAUCAGAGAUGAAUGCAACUUGGAAGGCAUCUAACACCAUACCUUGUCAUUAUCAGCCAUCUGAUGAAUAUAUACAAAAAGAGAUCAGAUGGAGUAAAGAUGAUCGAACUGUAAUACAAAGAGACAAAUCAGGUGAUCAUAUCCCAAUGUCCAAAUACAGGGGCAAGGCAAGUAUUCUUAAUGGCCCUGCAGGUGAUGUGUCUCUCAUUUUAGACAUGAUGCUUGGUGACAGUGGAGCGUAUUUCUGUGAAGUUACAUGGACCUCCAGAGCAACUAAAGAGACCGCUACUAAUAAAGUACAUACACAGGUGAAAGUCAUUAAAGGUAUAACCAAAACGUCAGAUCCACUUUCUGAAGCAACUACAUCACAACCAGCAUUUACCAGAACAGGUAUAACCAAAACGUCAGAUCCACUUUCUGAAGCAACUACAUCACAACCAGCAUUUACCGGAAGAGAUCUCAAGAAUGUAUCACUGCCCUGAAGAAUGCUCUGAAACCAAAGAAAGGAAAACCCAGGGUGUUCCAACAAGUGGAACCCCCUCACUAACGAAAUCUCCAACUGAAAGAUUAAGUCAGGCACUGAAAGCCACUCAUGCAAAAAAUAUAACUUCCAUACCUAUACAGCACCAUUGAUCCAGUCAUCAAAACAAGACACACCACUGAUAAACUAUUCAGCAGUAAAACAGAAAAAAAACAUUACAGACAGAACCUUUCAAGAAGGCCCCUCUGAUCAAAGCUGUCCAACAGCAAUUAAGGCUGUCAACCGUACAUCAGAAACAAACACUAAAGAAUCAUAAACAAGAAGCAAUAAUUAUUCUGAAUACAAAACUAAAAUACCUUCAUCCAAAAAAAAAAAAAAAAAACAUGAAAGAAGCAAACCCUGCAUCAAACUUUUUUCCCAGACCCCGAUGUGUUACAAAUUGUGACCGGUCACUAUCAUCAGCUCUGUGGCAAUACUAAGAUAUGCAAAUUAAGAAAAAAUAGAUUGUAUUUUUUUAAAUAAACCUUUAGUAAGACUGACAUGCCUAGUCACUGGCAGAAAGCUCCAUGCCAGUUAAAUGAAUAACCCUACCAUAGCUUGCUAAACCGAAGUAGAUGAAUUUAUGUUUACAUGGGUUCUGCUGAGCUGACCAGUGAAGUGCAGAGAAUUCACUUUGAGUGAGUUUAAAUAGACUCCUCUACUCUACCUACCACUGACUCGGCUUGUAUUAACAUGCUUGCAGUCAAGCCGAUCUUAUUCUAGCUUUUAUGCUGUCUCUCUAUCUGUUCUCAGCAGACAUAAGAGAAAAAAAGCAACAUUCUUCUGGGUACAACUUGUUGGCUCUAUGGCAAAUUUUAUUUAUGUAAAUAUAAAAGCAGGUAGGUCCCAUGAAGUGAGCAGCUGAACAAUUUAAGAAAUGUGAUCUAAUUAAGCACUCUCAGCAUAUAUGUACUUCAGGACGUAUCCAGUCUGACUCUUGAGUCAUAUAAUUAGAAUGCCCUGAGUUAGGUUACUAAAGAGAACACGUGCCAUACAAGUUAUUAAUAGUGGGACACACAUUUCUUCGCAGAUAAAUAACAGAAUUUUUGUUUUAAUACACAGUUGAAUUUCUAGCAGUAAGUCAGAGGGUAUCCAUAUAAACAAACAGGCUGUAUAAUGAUUUGGGCCCUUUUAAGAGAAAAUUACAAGAACACAAGAUAGAUAACACCACUGCAUAUUCUACAACAUAGGAAUGAAGAAUAAAAAAUCCAAAAACGUGCAAUAUCUGCUCUUAAGGGAUUACUGUAUGCCCAAAGAAUCAGUCCCUUUUUGUUGGUAA